UGCGAAGCCAUCCACCCAGCAUUGCGUGGUCAGCGGAAGCAGACGCAAUACGUGCUAGAUGUGCAGUAUUCACCCACAGCGAGAAUCCACCCCCCUCAAGGAGUCAUGAGGGAAGGAGACACCUUAGUUUUGACUUGCGCUGUUAACGGCAACCCACUGCCCAGAGACAUUAAAUGGAGCCGAGCGAACGACACGUUGCCGGAGCGGGCCCUGAUAGAGGGUGAAGUGCUGACCAUCCCCAGCCUCAGCAUGCUGGAUAACGGCACCUACUCGUGCCACGUGGCCAAUAAACAUGGACGGUCCUCGGACCAGUACGUGCUGGUGGUUUAUGAUCCUGGGGCUAUUGUCGAGGCCCAGACUUCAGUGCCCUAUGCCAUUGUGGGGGGCAUCCUGGCUCUCCUCGUCUUUCUCGUCAUCUGCGUACUCAUCGUCAUGGUCUGGUGCUCCAUCCGGCAGAAAGGUUAG